AUGCGUGUUCUAGACAAGAAGAUCCAGAAGGUCCUCAGUAUGAAUACAACGCAGAGCGACAUCCAAGAGGCUUUGGAUUCGUUUGCGGCGUAUUAUGACUCAACCGAAAAUACUGUGGACAGUCGAAAGAACUUGCGUUUUUCUCUGGAGGGAAUAAGCUGCGAAUUGACUCAACGCUUUGCAACCGAACUUGGGAAGUUUUACACCGUCUUUGAAAAGUUUUCCACAUCCCUGGACGAAGUGACAAAAGUCUGUUUGGACAUUCAAAUCUUUCAGUUUCCUAAUUUUCCAAGACAACGCCUCCGUUCACGUCGCGAAGCGCUCACUCGUUUCCUCCACGCAUAUUCCCUCUCUGCCGAAGAAAAAUCCAUUCUGGAACAGCGCCCCAUUUUCGAGAAUGGCUCCGACGAGUUCUUCGUGGUCCUGCAGCGAGCCUCCGAAGUCAAAGCGCGCUGUACAGCGCUCAUGCAAGACCCCUACUGCAUGAUGACGGCCACGGUGGAAUUGCUGGAGACCAUCUCCUCCCUCGAAGAAAACGCGUUCCACCGCCUCUUCGGGUGGUGCCAAGCGGAAUGCCACAACACAGGCGACAAGAGCUACUACCUCGAUGAAGGGAACAGCAGCUUUCUUCGUCUUCGCCGCGGUCUGCAGACGCUUCGACAGAAAGAAUCGUACUUCAAUCACUGCCUAACAGACUUCGUGAACAACCGCCGCAACCUGCUCGCGAGCCUUCUCGCGGACAAUCUUGUGCAGUGGAGCCAGAACCGCAACGAGGAAAACCCGAACCAGAUGAUGUCGGAUCUGUUCACGUGGCUGCACGAAUACAUGAACGAAGAACGCGCGGGAAUCCGCGUUUUGUUGGCGGGAGACGCCGAGGAGUCGGCGCAGAAUCACUUCGUGACGAGUUGCAUGGACGUGAUUUUCAGCGGGGCGAACAAGUUCGUCCAGGAGUAUUUGAACCCGUAUUUCGACGAGAAUUCGAACGUGUUGCAGCUGUUUGAGUCGCUUCAGAUCCUCGCGUUCUACGACAACAUCGUAGCGAACAUCAUUAGCAAGGAUUGCUCUCUGCGAUCCACGCUGCUCUCCAUUGAACAAACGUUAUGGACUCGCAUCACCAAUCUCUUCGUGGUGCGCGUGAAACACUAUUUCAAACUCUCUCCGUUCGUUAGCAACUCGUUUAUCACCGCGGGGAACGGCGUGUCCACGAAAAACGGAAGCGAACGGGGACAGAACACGAUUUUCACGGAGCUGCUGCUGCUGCUGCGGCAGUGUUUCGAUAUGUUUUGUUUGUUUGCACACGUGAGAUUUAGUCUAAACAACACAACGAUGGAGAUUGAGCGAAAAACGGAGCUGUUCAAUUCGUUGGUGGAGGCGUCACUGAUGCCGCUCGUGGAGAAUUCGCGCGAUUACUUCCAGAUUUUGGAUGCGACGGAGCUUUACGUGACGCUGGUGAAUGUGAUCGAGGAGCUGAAGAGUGUGGUGAGUCAGUACGGAUUCGGAGUGAAUUUCAAUUACUAUCUCUGCGAAAAGAGCGAUUUCUACACGGAUACGAUCAUUCGAGAAAAGCUCAACGCUCUGCUUAAAGAAUGCGAUUUGCUGCGCUUGCUGCAGCAGAUGAACUCGCUGUCGCCGCCUCUCUCGGUCCAUUCCAUCGCGUCUCCUGCGGUGAUCGAAAAGGGCACGCAGCUGUUAGUCUCGAAGAUGUACUUGUUCAUCAAUAACGAGUUCUACACGAUUCAUCCCAAGCUGCGAACCCGCAUGAAGCUGGAGGCGAGCCGAAUGAUCUCCAGCGAGUACGAGCGAUUGUACAACGCGGUGCACGACCCGCAGAAUGGAUACAUCAACGUGGAUUCGAUCAUGCUGCACACGCCUCAGCAGAUCAAAACGCUUCUCGACUGUGAUUGCUCUGUUUCUUGGAACAAACACGCCCACAAAAAUCAUUCGUAUUCUUAG